UCAUUAGGCUAUUUUUCCAUUUUUUCUUUCGAAGCAUUUAUUAAACGACUUGUUGUUGAUGACUGAGAAUUAAUAUUUAAGAAAGAUGGCGGGUCUCGCUGAUCUAUUUGAAUCAGUCGGUUUUAUACAGUCUUUCAUUAUCUUCCUGGUUGCUUUUCUCCUCGGAUUAUUCUAUCUUCGUCUGCCUAGACAUCUUCCACCAGGACCACCAGGCUGGCUGGGUAUCAACAAUGUACUAGCCCUUAGUAAAGAACCAGCAACUGCUGUAUUCACAAAAUGGGCCAAUCGACAUGGGUGUGUGUUUAGCGUUCGACUUGUCGGGAAGCUUUACGUGGUUCUAAAUGAUUUAAACAGCAUCAAGAAAGCCUUGCAUGGACAACCUGAUAUCUUCUCAGACAGAAACCCUACCAAACUUGCAAAACUUUUUGGUAUUAAAGGCAGUGUAUCAGACGAAAACGGCGAUAUUUGGAAGGAACAUCGCCGGUUCGGUGUUGGCGCUCUGAGAAGUUUCGGUAUGGGCAAACAAAGGAUGGAGUCUUCCAUCAACGUGGAAUUAAUGAACCUCCUCGAAGGCUUUGCAGAGCAAAGGGGAAAACCAUUCGAUCCAGCCCACCUCGUUGAAAAUGCUGUGUCGAAUAUCAUUUGUAAAAUAUGCCUUGGCCACCGGUUCAGCUAUAAAGAUCCCGAAUUUGCACAACUGCUAGAAAUGGUCAGAGUCCAGUUGAGCUAUGGUCCAACGUCAUUGCUCAAUGCUUUUCCUUUGUUAUUUCACACCCCAUUUUACUCCAAUCUGCGUGAGAACAACAGAAGCAUUAACGAAUUCUUCUCUAAAAAAAUCAAGGCACGUCGUGAGACUUAUGAUGAGAACAACAUCCGGGACAUGAUUGACCUACAUUUCGCAGAGGUCGAACGAAGGAAGCGAAGCGGGAAAAUCGACGAUGUUUUCGAUGACGAGUCUCUAAAAGGGAUGCUGUUUGAUCUCUUCGUCGCUGGCACAGAUACGACAUCAACUGCAUUGCUUUGGUUUCUUAUGUACAUGGCUCGACAUCCUGAUACACAACGGAAGGUUCAAGCAGAGAUUGAUGACGUCAUAGCAAGAAGUCGGCAGCCAUCGAUGUCUGACAGUCCUAACAUGCCGUACACCAAUGCCGUCAUGUUGGAGGUACAGCGCAUGCGUCCUGUAGCUCCCACGGCACUGCCUCACUAUACGAGGGAGCAGACCAAGCUGGGUGAUUACACCAUUCCAAAACACACAACCGUUGUGCUGAAUAUCUGGGCAGUACAUCAUGAUCCUGCUACGUGGACAGAGCCAGAGAAAUACAACCCAGCCCGGUUCCUCUCUGCUGAUGGCAAGAGUGUCGUUCAACAUGACACUCUCCUCAACUUCAGUACUGGUCGCCGUGUCUGCAUGGCAGAGAAAUUCGCCAAAACGAAUAUGUUCAUCUUCUUUGUCAACAUGCUUCAGCGGUUCACUUUCUCGUUCCCAGAGGGUAAAUCGAUCCCAUCACUAGAGGGAGAAGGCGGACUCGUGUUGACCCCCGGUCCCUUCGAACUCUGUGCCGACAUGCGACCCUGAGCUGAGGACGCACAGCUUUCACCUUAUUAACCGUUCUUUAGAAAGUCAGAUUGCAUUUUAAAGCUAACUUAGAUGGCUGAGUAUUAUUAAGACGAUUAAAUCAAAGAAGGGGAGGUGAGCCGAUUUCACGAAACGCUAGGAUCAAUCUUAUCUCGAGUUAGGACGAGCAACCCGUCCUAACUUAGGAUGAGUUCAAUGUGUCCGACGUAUUUGGACACGGAACUGAAACCGUCCUAAGUCCUAAGAUUAAUCCUAAGUUAGGAAGAGUUUGGUGAAAUCGACGGCAGGUCAUCUGCAUGACAACAGGUGGGCAUGCAAAACAACCAACUGGACUCCAAGAAACCGGACUAGAAAAAGAGGAAGACAAAAAAGAAGAUGGAGAGAUGAACCAUUAGUAUAUAUCGGGGCAUUGCUUGGCAAAAUACAGUGAAGAAUAGAGUAAAUUGGAGAAUUGGUUAAGAGGCUUUCCUCCCGCAAUGGAGUGAAAUAGGCACGACAGAGACAAAGACUUCUGAAUGGUUGACGUUUUGCACUUGUUUUCAACUGUUUUCGUGUGCUGGAUGUGAGCUAUUUGGAGGUCUGGUUAGCCACUGUUUAUCUGUUUACACUGUAUAUGUAUAAUUUGUGUUGUGGUUCAUAAUAAAGUACGUUAGAUUAA